AAAUCUGAAUCAUUCUGAUCUUGCUCAGAGUGGCUUUGGAGAUUUAGCUCACAUCAAGGUAUACUCAAAUAUAUAUAUAUAUACACAAAAAUAUUGGCUUUUAUUUCUACUUUAUCUUUGGCAUGAGGGGAAGCACUUUUAUAAAGAGCCAUAAAGAUAACUUCAUUCUGAGUCUGACUUCAGUGAUACAUACAUUACUCUUCCAUCAAAGUUGUGAAGGGUCUAUUGGAGCAGUUGCAUGAUCUUAUCGUCAACUGUAUCCUUUUUCUAUUGUUUAAGCCUUCUGAAAUGGACUGAGCUAACCAGCUCUUCAAUUUGAUCAUCCUCUUGUGCCUUUGUAUAGGUUAUAUACUCACACAUUUUUAUUUCCCCCUCUUUCUCUCUCAUCCUCAGAAGAGCAUCUUUUUAAAACUGAGACCAGAAAGUAGCAACUUAGCACUCAAAGAUAGCUGGUACCCAUUUUAAGUACAGUCCUGAUGUAAAUGUUUCCAGAAUUUGGGACCAAAAGCUAGAUAUAUUUGACCUGUAAGACUAUUGAUGGGAAUGUAUUGCUGAACUGCUGGUGUUUUGUGUUUGUGAGUGGGAGAUGAGGUGGUAUCUGGAGUUCAGUGUCUUGCUGCAGCAUGCCUGUUGUACUUCUCUGUCGGGGUGACUUCAACAAACUUUGUCGCUUUUGCAGCUCGUUACACUGAAUUCAGGCUUAGUCUUAGCACUGUAAAACGAGUUUCUAGUUCUGGCUUAGUCUAGGAAUGUCUGAGGCAUCUUGCGUCCAUUAAGAGAUGUGCAAACAGCUUCCUUCUUUGGAGUGAAAUGAGAGGCAAGACAACUGCCAAGGGCACAUGGCAAAGGCUCUGUUCAAAAGUAAACUGACAAAUGCACUACAAAAUGCUAUGGGUUAUGUUUAGUAGUAUUGUUGCACAAGUAAGUGUAGGAGUGGAGCUCUCCCAUUUUUCUCUUGAAACCGUCCUAUCUGAAAUAUUCUGUUUCCUGCUCUGUUUAUCCCCUAAGUUGGUUUGAGGAGCUGAAGUGUCACUAGUUUUUGACCAUGUUCUACUUCCACUAUUAAAGGUCUCUGCAAAGCAGCUUAACCUAAGAUCCAUCAUCUGAACACUUGUUAGCAGUAUCCUGUAUGUGUGUGUGCGCUUAGCUGUGCUUGCUGGGUCUGAGCAGUGUGCAGGGUCUCUCUGAGAUCUGACCUGUAUUGUUAUUCUUUAGUCUUGCAUCCCAGUCCUUCAGUGAUCAACUAGACUGAAUUCUGCCAGGUCAAAUCAGAGUCUGGGUUAUGUAUUUUCUUACUUAUAGGUGCAGGUGUCCAGUAGAUGGCAUGUUCCAGCUGUGCCUGACUAUUCCUGUCGACAGCCAAUAAGUGAAUAAACAGAAAAACAUCCAAAACUCAGAAAGGCUGCAACCUAACUGUAGAGAGCAACACUUUAUUCUACUAAAGCUGGCAUUUCUCUCUCUCAAAUCUAUAUGGGCGAAGGGGCUUUGCUACUUUUAUUGCUUGGAUUUCAAAGCAGCUGCUCCUUCCUUAAAACCAUAAAGCAGAUGAACGAAGAGGUAUGGGGGAGAAAACCUCUGCCCGCACUUGUUUAAAAAGAGAAGGUACUUUCUCACUGGGUGGCUGGAGCUGGAUGGGUCACGGGGAGUGAAGUGAUUUGCAGAGAGGGAGCUGAGCUACACCUUCAAAGCCAAUUUUGAGUUGCACUUCUAAGAGCUCAUGUUAACUAGUGCUUGAAUGUAUGUAAAAUCAACUUGGUUGCACUCUGUGCUUUUUAACUUCAUUACAUCAUGCAGCUGUUAUGGUACUCUUAACAGGAACAAGAAACCGUUUACAAAUAAGCUGCUUUUGCCGUGAGGGUUUUCACCUGAUCAUUGCUAAGCUUUUUUUUUUUUUGUUUGUUUGACAUUUGGACUCUGGGUGACUAACGCAGCUGCUGCCGCUGCCCUGCCGCCCCGGGGGAGCGGCGCAGCCUGGGACGCGGCCGGGGGCCGUUCGCCCUCCGGGGCGGCUUUGAUCCGGAGCAGGUCGGUGCAGACGGCCACGCUGGCGCUCCCUGCCCGGUGCAGGCUUUGCUGCUCCGCCGUGCCUCCCGGGCGGGGGGACGAAGCCAGCCGGCUCUGCCACCCGUGCCCUUCCCGGGGGCGCUGCGGCCACAGCACCCCGGUCCUGCCGUGGGCGCCGCGCACGGACGUGCCCCGCGGGGAGGGGGGUGUCCCCGCUCCGCCCGCCCCCGCGCCGCUCCCUGUCGCUUGCCUCGCGUGGAAGAGGCGUGGAGGAGCCUCCCGAGCGCGGGUCCGCCCGCGGAGGAGCCGCUAUAAAGACGGCGCCGGGCCGCGCCGCGCCGCAGCGCCAUGGCCAACCCGUCGCAGUGCCUGGAGGAGGGCGCCGGGCGCUGGCCGCCGCGGCCGCCCGGUCCCUACAGCGAGGCGCAGCGGCUGGCGCUGGAGGAGCUGGUGGCGGGCGGCCCCGAGGCGCUGCGGGCCUUCCUGCGGCGGGAGCAGCUGCCGCCGUUCCUCUCGGAGCCCGAGGUGCAGGCCAUCGCGCGGGGCGCCCUGCCGCCCGCCGCGGCCCCGGAGCCGGCGGCCGAGCCCUCGCUCGGCGCCUCCCUCGACGCCUCGUCGCUCACCUACUUCCCCGAGCGCUCGGACCUGGAGCCGCCGGCGCUGGAGCUGGGCUGGCCGGGCUUCGCCAGCGGCGCCUUCCGCGGGCUGACGCGGGUGGAGGCGCACUUCCAGCCGGGCUGCGGGGACAGCAUCUACGGCUGCAAGGAGGCGGUGCGGCGGCAGAUCCGCUCCGCCCGGCAGAUGAUUGCCUUGGUUAUGGAUUCCUUCACAGAUACUGAUAUCUUCAAAGACCUCUUGGAAGCUUGUAGCCAGCGGCAAGUUAAAGCAUAUAUCCUUCUAGAUCAGUCUUCGUUUUCUCACUUUCUAAAAAUGUGCAAGGAUCUGGGAGUUGACCUUGAACAGGAAAAGCUGAUAAGAAUUCGAAAUAUCACUGGGAAAACAUACUACACGAGGUCGGGUGCCAAAAUUGUUGGAAAAGUCCGUGAAAAGUUCAUGUUAAUUGAUGGCAUUAGAGUGACAACAGGCUCCUACAGUUUUACGUGGACAGAUGGGAAGCUGAACAGCAGUAACAUUUUGAUCCUGUCAGGCCCUGUAGUUGCACACUUUGACCUGGAGUUUCGGAUUCUUUAUGCACGGUCAAAGCCUAUCAACCUCAAAGAGUUAUCCAGCUGCAAGAAGAAGAACGUGUUGGACCAGCUGGUCAGGAUAACAGUGGCUUCUAGAGACUUGACCAGGGAAAACUUCCUGAGAAUGGAGUUUUUGUAUCUUAGAGCAUUUGUAGGAAAUCUAAAAAGGAAGCGAAGCUGGCUGCAUGCCUCAAGGGAGGCAGUCUACGUGUCAAAUAAUGCAAUGCAUGCCUCUCCUCCACUGACAAAGAGGAAUGGCUCUCUAGUUAUGAGGCCACACUGGAUCAUAGAGAGAUGAAAUGCAUGUUCACUUCGGAGUGAGAAGCAGAACCUCAGGAACCGCAUCCAGCCGUCCAUGUCCAGUACUGUCUUACUGUAUGUUUGUGAGAGCAGCUGGGAAACAAACCUCAAACUGAGAGAAAGUAAUACUGGAAUUGUGGUUUUGUUUGAACACCACUCUAAUUCAGAUCAAAAGACACAAUUAUGGUAUUGUCUUAGGCUCAGAUGUGUUUUUUUUGAAAUAAAACCAAACUCUUAACACCUG